CUCUUGUCUGUGUCUAUUGUUUUUAUUAUUUUUGGACUGGGACCUGUGAUUUCAUCGCUAUAAGGGAGCUCCUGGUAGGAAAACUCCCUCUACCAAUUCAGGAGGCCAAUGUCCCGUGGCGACUGACAAUGAAGCUAUGGAAGGUGGCGGCCCUGGUCUCUGUGCUCUGCAGCUCCAUGCUCUCCGUCUGGGUGUUUAGAGACCUGGCCGGCAGUGACCGAAGACUGGGACCUGGUGCUCGAGCCAUGCUGCGUAGGCCUCCGCGGGCCUUGGACCCCCGCUGGCCCCUCAUCUCACAGUACCGAGCCCUGUUUGAGAGCUACACAGAAGGUGAGAUCCGGGAGCUCAUAUCUGCACUUGUGGAGAGGUCAAGCCCAUCAGGGCACUCUGGCGAGCACGCACUGCCCUUUUCAGGCCAGGCAGGGGCUCGGCGAAAGCGGGCCCGGGUCCGCCACCAGCCUUGUGGCCUGCGGGAAUUGGAGGUCAGCGUCAGUGAACUUGGUCUGGGCUAUGUAUCAGAUGAGACCAUUCUUUUCCGAUACUGCAGCGGCACAUGUGAAGCAGCCGCAAGGAUCUACGACCUUGGGCUGCGCCGAUUACGGCAGCGGCGCCGUGUGCGCAAGGAGAAAAUAAGGGCUCGGCCCUGCUGCAGGCCCCUGGCCUAUGAGGAAGAAGUGUCAUUCCUGGACUCCCGGAAUCGCUACCACACAGUCAGCGAACUGUCAGCCAAGGAGUGUGGGUGCGUGUGAGAGCCCCUGGGAUCUGCAUUGUCUACCUCACCUGGGGGCUAACACUCCCAGAUGGGAGGCCCCCACAGGGUACUCCUCUGACCUCCCUCCCUCGCCACCCCACCACGCUGAUGAUAUGGUGAUCCUGAACCUUGGCCAUGGGUAAUCUCCUCAGAACACCUGACCAGACACCCUGAACCCCAUCCUCUGGACCAAGGGGGUCAAGAUGCCAACCAGGGCAAGCCAUGAGGGGCUCAAGGGGCCCUGAAACAGAAGACACAUGGUGUUGGCAUCCCAGGAACCAAAGGGCUCCUGCAACUGGUGGUGACCCUGCCAGGCCUGAUUGUAUAUACUUCAUUGAGUAACUAACUGACCUUGUACAGGAAAUUGUAUUCUAUAUAUGUGAAUCUUGCAAUAUCUAUAUCUAUAUAAAA